AUGGGAGAUACUCAUCAAGAAAAGAGUAAAUGUAAAAAUAAAGUUAAUGGAAAUUAUGCAUUAUGGGCACAUGAUGAGAGUAACGAGUUGUUACAACUCAUGGUUGAUGCCAUAAAAAAUGGAUGGCGUGAUAGUAGUGGAGGUUUAAGCAAGUUAACUGUGGAGAAGAGGAUACUUCCUGCUCUGAAUGAAAAGCUUGGGUGUCAAAGAUCGUAUGCACAAUACCAAAGCAGAUUGAAAUGGUUCAAGAAUCGUUUUAACAACUUUUCUGAGCUUAUGCGUCAUAGUUCUGGAUUUGGUUGGGAUCCAAUAACAAAGAGGUUUACAACUAAUGAUGAGGUGUGGGAAGAUUAUUUGAAGUCUCGUCCUACUCAUAAACACCUACGGACUGAUACGGUUGCUGACUGA